AUGCAGACCGGACAAGGCGCGUCGGCAGUCGUCGACGACGUGACAGGAGGCUCCAUGCAAACUCGCCCACUCAUUGCGCCCGUCAAAAAGGUGGCUCGUAGUGUGUCUGCAACUACCAUGGUUGCUGCACGGACUUUAGAAUCAAUUCUUAAUUCGUCGCGUGGAAGCAGCAGCAGCAAUAACAACAACAGUGGCAACAGUGGCAAUAACAGUAUAAGUCAAAACUUAUUACAAGCCCCAGUUUUAGAAGAAACUUCCCAGAGUGUGCGUGAAGUAUCACCAUUUGGGGACCAUCAUCCUACGUUGAUUAACCCGCGUCAGUUGUUGCCCAGUGCUAUCGAUCAGUCAUAUGGCAGUCGCGUUGGGUUUUCUGGGCAAACGACCUCUUCUACUACUACUAAUACUACUACUAAUAAUAACAACAACAACAACAACAACAACAAUAAUAAUAAUAAUAAUAAUAAUAAUAACGGGCCUCAAUCACUGGCCACAGGGAAUGGACCAUACCUGUAUGGAGGUGUUGGUGGGAAUGGGAUGAAUGGGGGUCACUCGGGAAUGCAAUCAUCUGGGUCUCCAGUGUUACCGCCAAUCGGCUCUCCGGACGCAGGGAAGAGCGCUGGCGGGACCAGCACAAUGUUUCGGGAGCUGAGGCGAGGCGGGGAAAUGGCAGGCUAUGCACCUUAUGGGUAUCGUAACCAGCCAUCACAUCAACAGCAACAACGACAACAACAACAACAACAGCAGCAGCAGCAACAACAACAGCGACAACAGCAGCAGUCUUCAGAGGGAUACUAUGGCUCAGGUUUGGGAGAUAACAACACAUAUGGACAUUAUGUGGAAGCCACGCCGGCGUUGGUUCCACAGGGCAAUGGAGGGUUUAAUUUAGGAAUGUAUGGAGGGUCUUCUUCUUCAUCUGUCAAUCAAGGGUCUGGUGGAGAUGGGAGUGGUGGGACAGUAGGAUCAGGAACAGCAGUGCCAACAACGGCAGCAGCUAUAGCAGCGGCAGCAGCAGUUGCAGCAUUGUCAUCUUCAUCGUCGACAGGGUAUGUGAAUGGCGGUGGUAGUGGGACAGUUGUUAUGGGGUCCAGUGGUGGAGGGUAUGGAGGAACAGAUGGGGAAAAUAAUGGUGAGGGGGAUGUUGAAAAUAAUAAUAAUAAUAAUAAUAAUAACAAUAAUGGUGGUGGUGGUGGUGGUGAGAUUUUAUCAUCAACAGCGGUACCGUUACCAUUACCAGCACUACAGCAACCAGCUCAGACCACAAUGAUACCCGUUCCGGGUACAAAUCCCAAUACCCAGACUUGUUCAGGUGAUGGGAAUACCAACAACAACAGUUCUUUGACAUCGACAAAAACAACAACAACAACGACAUCAAGGACAAUAACGACGACAUGUGAGGAGUGUGGGGAAACAUUUAGGAAUGGUGGGGAAUUACGGAAACAUCAAAAGGUGAGCCACCAGAAGCAAAAGUACAAGUGCCGGAAAUGCGGGGAGUUAUUUUCUUCAAUUGCAGAUCGACAAACACAUAAAAACAAUAAACAUUUCCCCAGCAUUGAGACGGUGGUUAAACAAACACAUUUUGAAGAGUUCCCAGAGGGGUCUCGAGUACAUGGGGUACGCAAUGCGCGUGGGUUUUUUGAUUGUCCAAGUGCAUAUUGUUCAUUUACAACACGGAUUCCAUCUUAUUGGUAUGAUCAUAUUCGCAGUGUGGAACAUGUUGGUGGAGAGGAUCCGCAGAAGCGUAAACGUCGUGGGAAGAAGAGUUGA